AUGAAUCGGGGGACCACAUCUUCGGAGCAAACGUUUUUAUUGAUGGGCGGAGCAAAUCUCCGCACUGCGAGGACCAUGGAGAAGUGUCACCUUCUCUCGUUCAGUGAGAAGGAGGUGCUGCUCGCCUUCACCGAAGCCCAGCUGAAACGUGGACCGGACCUUCUGAAGGCUUUCUGUGAUGAGGAUUCUGACUUGAGAAUUUUGGGGAACGGGGAGAAACCAUACGCCGAAGAAACGGUCUAA